GGAGACGCUGACUCCAGGAGCGGGAGACUGGGGCAGGGGUUGGCUCCCCACGACAGGGAUGGGGUGGGCGUGCGGCGUUGCUAGGAAACGUGCCAGUGUGACCCCAGGCUCGCGAGGACUGCUCGGUGUCAUCGCUGCAGGUCUCGGGAACCUUCCUUAGAGAAGUGUACUACUACGGGCCAGGACGGAAAGGCCUGAUUCGGGCUUACCGAGACACCGAUUUGGGGCCCAUCUGACACUUCUCUGACUUUUUUGGAUCCUGAAUGUUAAUGGGAGAUGGCAAGGCAAUUCUGGGGCGAGAAGAGUCUGGCUGGGGAAGAUUGACACGAACAAGGCCCUGUUGAGGAACGAAGACUCUAGGACAGUGAGAGCCCGCUUCGUAAUUCCUUGGAUCCACAAAUUUGAGAACUAGACGGAGACUGUGCUCCUUAACUUUGCGGGAGAAUUAACAAAAGUUACCCAGAGAAGGAGAAACCAGCAAAGGAGACUCUUGACACAGACAAGACCACAAAGAUGAAAGGAGAAGGAAACCUAAUAUUCUCAAAUAAUGGGACCCACCUUCAUAAUCCAUGAGAUUCAUCCACCUAUUUGCCUGCCUCUUACCCACUAAGACUUGGCUCAGUCUCUCCGUCCCUUUUCCAGCUAUCAGUGCUUUUUGACUUGUGCACAGAUGACAACAGCAACACGACAAGAAGUUCUUGGCCUCUACCGCAGCAUUUUCAGGCUUGCGAGGAAAUGGCAGGCAGCAUCAGGGCAGAUGGAAGACACCAUCAAAGAAAAACAGUACAUACUAAAUGAAGCCAGAACACUGUUCCAGAAAAACAAAAAUCUCACAGACACAGACCUCAUUAAACAGUGUAUAGAUGAAUGCACAGCCAGGAUUGAAAUUGGACUGCAUUACCAGAUUCCUUAUCCAAGGCCAAUUCAUCUGCCUCCUAUGGGCCUCACCUCAGUACGAGGCCGGGGACUUCGAAGCCAGGAGAAACUGAGGAAACUUUCUAAACCAGUAUAUCUCAAGUCUCAUGAUGAAAUUUCCUAAUCCAGAAAAAAGGUUACUUCUGGGAAUGAUGAGCCAACGAGGUCUUCAAUGUAAACCAGAAGACAAAACACUUCCUGGUUAGGGUCAAAACUUUAAGUAUCAUCUUAAAGCUUCCAAAAUGGAUACUCACUACAUGAUGUGUGCCUACGUAUUCCUAGGGAUUGUCAGGGUCUUGCUCGGUGAAUGGGUGACAUUAAUCCUGGAAGUCAUGGACCUUACAUCCUCACUGAAGUCACCUUUGGAAACAAGACUGAGGCCUAUGGGAGGAAAGCGGAAGGAUUGAAAAGCUUUUUUUGUCAUGGGAAUGCCCUUCACCACAUAUGCCAACUUUAGCCCAUUGCUGAAAGUUCUUAUGGCUACUGUAAAGCUAUAUAGUACUCAUAGAAUAUUUUUAGACUUAUUCCAAGUUAUAUAUUUGUUUAAAAGUGGUUUUUCUUGUUUGUGCAUUUUUUUUUAAUUCAUCCAGUUUUCAGAUAACUACACUAAGAAAUGCAUCAUUGGAUUGAUCAUGGAUUUUCAUGGAAAUUUUAUAUGAAAACUCAUUCCUGUCUUAAUUAAAUGCAUGGUUACCUUAUCUUAAAUCCUGGGAUUACUUAGGAUAUACCUAGGAUUUGAAAAGCAAACUUAAAACUCACACUGCAUUCAUUAUGAGUAUUUUAUCUUAAUGUAAAUUGAAAAGUACAAGGGCCAAGCUGCCUCUCAAAUUAUGUCUAAAUAGAAAUAAAUAAGUAGAGAUGAAAACAGAAAGGAGUCAGGUGAGAAUCUCAAUGGCAAGCCACAAGUCACUUGUUCAUCAUUUCAUUCCCUUUUAUCCAAAGAGGAUGGGCAAUACCAAUAAACACAAGUCUUUACCAGU